GUACUCCUGUGUCGGUCUGUGCAGGUGUGGGAGGGGCUUGACGUGGUAACAACGGCGCGUAAGAUGUUGGGAGAGACGAACCCGGCGGACUCGCUACCCGGAACCAUCCGAGGAGAUUUCUGUGUGGAGGUGGGCAGGAACGUGAUCCAUGGCAGCGACUCGGUGGAGAGCGCUCAGAGA